GGCCCCUUCCAGAGCCCUCCUCCCCAGGUGGGAGGCCAAGGAAAAGGGUUCGAUUUGCUAGUGAAGCCAGCAGUCAUCAGAUAUGCGUGAGACAGGAUGCUAACACAGGCAAAAGACCCCAAGGUUUCAUGACGUAUGAAAAUUCUAUCAGAAGGCUACCCAUUUCCGUAUCUUCAUGUUGCGUGCUUCGGCUUGCAGGGGGAUUGGUUUGUCUUUCAAAAUAUAUUGUGGGCUCCAUGCCAUUGUAGUCUUCUCAAUGUUACAGGGUCCUUAUUUUCUCAUCCAUAUUCCCAGUUGUAAUAACCAAACAGAUCUUUCUUUGAGGUGUGGUGAGUUGCGCAAUUUCCAAGCAUGAAUCAAUGGUGGAUGAAUGCUACAUAUCCCUUUGAAGUUCUUUUAGUAUUUUCUGCAAUGCCAUCAGAGGGAUGAAGCAUGGAAGCACCACUCUGUAAAUAUUGCUGUUAAAUUGUUGAGGCCAUUUGCUUGUUGUUCCUUACGAUAGUGAUUUUAAUUUACAUUUACAUGGUUUUCUUUGUGUUUCUAUGUCUUUAUUCUAUUUCACAAUCAUUCUCCAUGCAGGUUGUGAUGCGAAAACUACUGAAUACAAAUUCUUUAAGAAAUUGUGGGAGCAGUCAGGCUGUAGACCUCAUUCUUUCUCCAAACAAAACGAAGAAAAACAGAUGGAAUCGCAUAAUGUAAUGCCAGGCAGAAAGCUCCCUGCCCAGAAGAGCACUUUCUCUUCUGAGGAGACCCCCGCUACACCUUGUAAGAAUGAAGAAAUCUACCAUGAGCAAGUCAAUGCGAAAGCUUCCCAUUCUGAACAUGGCAAUAAUGAUACACCUCAGUUGAACCCACAUGAUUACUUGACUGUUCAUGUUCACACACCCAUAACUCAGGUUUCGUUUGAAGCCGUAGGAAUUUCAAGAAACACUGACAUAGAACCUUGGAGUGGACGGAUCUUUUCAGAAAAGAGAGGAAAAUUAUUAAAGCUAGCUGCAAAAACUAUGUCAAUGGAAAGUUCUGAGUUUUUGCAGAGAAGAUCAGAAUUUUUUGCUGACAUCCUGCAAAGGCUAGGCGCCAACAGCAUGAUAAAAAAGCACCGUAAGGAGUCCAUGAGAAUGAUGAAGGUCUGUGGCCAUACUCCUACUGGCACCGGAUGCCAUUUUGAAAAUAUGCUUGAUUACAGGAUUAGUGACUUUGAUUUGCGAACUAAACUGAGAACAGAAAAAGAGUCAUCCUCUUAUGCAACCCAGGAAUCCCGUCAAUUCAUGGCUUUGCCAUGGGGAUACAAUCAGGGCCCUUCAGGUUCUCUUGAUUGGAAAAUUGAUUUACCUCACAGGGGCAAUGAAGCACGUGAGAGCAUGGCAUUACCAUGGGUGCACACUGUGGGUCUUCCAAAUUCUGGUUGGAAAAGAGACACUGCUCACAACCAGGUUUCUAAUUUGUUGCUAGAGGAUGUCCAACCACACUCCGAAGGCAAACUGGCUUCAGCUACUGAGUUGAACUGUAAUGUUGAAACAAGGCCAUGCACUUAUCAUGGAUGGGUGCCUAUGUUGUCACAAGGAUUCUCUGGAUCCAUUCCAAAUAGAUUUUUCACCCCCUGUCAGAUUGAGGAGACACAUGUGGUACCAUAUGAAAUAUCAAACACUUACCGGCGACCUGACCCUUGUAACCCCUUGGAACAAUGUUUUCCUCCAGUUGGAUUGGAUAGGCAAGGCCAAAAGGAGGCAAGAUUCUCUCAUAAUUAUGGUGCUGAACUUCUAGAGCAAUUUACUUCUAGUUCAGUUGGACUGGAAAGGCAAGACCAACAUGGGUCAGAAUUAGUUAAUUUUGACACUGGACUUCUAUCUAGCUUUGAUCAGUUAUAUGCAAAAUGUUCUGCUUCAAGCUUUUUGGACACUAGAAAUGGAAUUCUCAAUCACAGUGAUUUUAGCUAUAUCUCCAACUUAGCUGCAAGUGAGAGCAACGAUAUUGUGUCGAAUGCAAGCAUGAGUUGUCUGAAUUCCAUAUUUUCAACUUCAGAGCAUCCUUUUCAAUUGGGCUCAAAGAGGUUGCAUGAAACUUCUUUGGCUGGACUGGAGGAGAAAUAUUCGAAGGAGGCAGAGAUUUUUGAUAAUUCUGAUAUUGGGCCUAUACAGGAAUUGGAUCAGUUACCUGCGAAAUUCACUUAUACAAGCUUUUCAAACUACAUAUCUGGAACUCUGGAUCAUCAACAUCAUCUCAGAUAUAUGCCUCCAAAGGACAGCAGUAGUACUUUGUUCAUGGAUGCAAACGGUGCUUGUUUGAACUCUCUAUCGCCAUACACAGAUCAUCCUUGUAAGCAAGAUGGAAAAGGCUUGUGUGACUCUUCCACAGAAUUGUGGUCAUCAGUGCAUCAUCUCCAAUCUCAUGAUGAUGAUUUUGGAGCUGUACUUGGCUUCAUGUCAGAGGAAAAUACUUACAAUGAUUUGGAAGAUCACUGCAGCUUCAUGUUAGCUGAAGGAAACCCAAAUGACUUGUGCACUUCUGAUCUUCCAUUAUUUGGUUUGUGCUCUGCUAUGGAUGGCAUCAGGGAGGCUUCUGUGCGUCUUGAUGGCCUAAGGUGGUAGUCCAGUCCGAUGUAUACCUUGUUCUAUUGUUUUUUUUUUUUGGUCCAGGUUUAUUCUGUUAGCAGAUGGUACUUCGAUGAAUGUUGAGGGUACAGAAGUGUAUGUAGAUGAUGUUAUGAGAUAUUCACAGAUGUUCACCUGAUUUUA